GAAGUAAUCGACUUUGCUUCUCAAGAUGAGAUACGGCUUUGUGACGAUUUUCUCAGUGAAAUGGUCUCUCUCUUGAAGAGGGGCGGAAUGGAUGUCUCAGCUAACUUCAGCAUGCGGUCAAACAAGGGAAGUCAGAGCGGCUUUCAUCGACGGGGAUUUCCCCGAAGUGUGCGUUGGUUUUAGCUCUGCACCAUGCGGGGAAGCUUUGCAAUCUCACCCCCAAACUGAUCUGCAGCGAGAUUUAGCUCGGCGCUCGUUUUACGCUUCGGAAUCGCACGAAAGUUCUUGCAGAAACCCAAGCCACGUGGGAGCGUCAUCAAUGUGGGACUUCAUCACCUCGAUCCUUGUCUGGUCCAUUUGGUCUAGCACUAGUGCAACCUUUGAUGGUAAUGCAAGGCAGAGGCUGUGUAACACGCUCAUUCUUUGGUCAAGGGUUCUCGAAGCAUACCGCAAGUAUACAACGUGGGGUAUGCCAUAUGAUGUCAUCUACAACUGCCAAAAUUGGCAUCUUCACAGAAUUCCAAUGGAAGUAAUAGAGGAGGAAGAUGACUGAGAUUCAGGGCCGUGUUGAAAUAUCCAGCUGUCCCUUUACAGCCGUCUCGAUGUAUACUGAUUAGGCGCAAGUCCAAACGGA